CAGAUGAGGGUGAUAUUGAUAGAUAGAUCACCAGUACUGUGUCACCAUUGGAGUACACAGAUCAAGAAGUUUCUUCAGGCGAAAUGUCCUCUCGAAUUUCAGGGGAGAUCUGUAUCCCUAGAGGUGUGUAAUAAGGAUAUAGGCGAGCUUCAGGUUACGGGAACCACAGCUGUGGUGGUCACGCCGGGGAAUUCUGCUGGUCUAAUGGGUGGUGGUAUAGACAUGGCCAUUAGAGACUGCUUUGUCGGAGUCAAUUCGUCUUCAGAAACUGUCCAGAACUACGUACUGAACAAACUGCAGUACUACAAGCCACCGGGGUCUCCAACGGUGAUUCAUUUCGAUGAUGAGAUGAUAAGGGGUUCAAUCGCUUUGGAAUCAUGGAAUUGUAGACAACUGAUCCAUUUACCAACAAUGAGGGUCCCAGAAAAGAUCAGGGAAACCUCAAAGGAGUUCCACAAGUCUCUUUUCGACUGGACUUGGAAUGCUCUUUCAGUACUGACCAAUAAAGUGGAUGCUUUGGUUAUACCAGGUUUAGGAACAGGUUUCGGGGCAGCACCUUUGGAUAUCUGCGCAAAUACAAUGGUUGCAGCAAUUGCAAUCCACUACGCCAAAGAUUUCACUCCAAUGGAGAAAACAGUAUUGAUCUACAAGUUCUUGGGAGAGGAUUACCGCAAAUUGGAUAUACCAACUCUAUUAGACCACAACUUAGAUUACGAUCCAUCCCAAGGGUUGGAUCAACUAUUUGCGCACACCACGACUCAAUAGCUCAUCUAAGGAUAAACCAUCUUC